AUGGCUGAACCUCACUCCUCUCACUCUCAAUCUCCCACACCCACCCUAAGCCCCAUCACAAUAAGCCCACCACACCCUCCUCAUGAUCAAGUUGCCGGUUUUGAUUGGAUGGUUCUUGUAGCAGCAAUUCUAUGUGCCUUUCUAUGUGCUCUUGGCUUAAACACCAUGUUGCAAUGUGUGUUCCAAUGUGCCUCUCGUGUCCUCACUGAGCCUCUGCAUUGGAUUGCUUCUCGGAGGCUCAAUUCUGGGCUUAAGAAGAAAGAAAUGGUGGCUCUGCCUACCUCAACUUAUAGAAAUAAUUCUUCAGAUUCUCCUAAUUCUUCAGGUUCUAGCUGUGUGAUUUGCUUAGCUGAAUUCUGUGAUGGGGAGCAGAUAAGGUUCCUCCCAAAGUGUAAUCACCAUUUCCAUGUGGUUUGCAUUGACAAGUGGUUGCUCUCUCAUUCUUCUUGUCCCACUUGCAGGAAUCUUACACAAGUCUAA